AUGGAAGCUGGAAAACUAUUUCUGUUUUUCUCUCUUCUAAUGCUCCAAUUCUCCUUUUGUACAUCCCAAGACUCUAUAAAGACGAACCAAACCAUUAAAGACGGGGACCUCCUAAUUUCCAAAGGCAAUACUUUUGCUCUAGGUUUCUUCAGUCCAGGCAGUUCUAGCUAUAGAUAUCUCGGGAUUUGGUUCCAUAGAGUACCAGGAAAAACUGUGGUGUGGGUAGCAAAUAGGAACCAUCCAAUCAUUGGCUCAUCAGGAUUUUUGUCUAUCAACCAAUAUGGAAACCUUGUUCUGUUUGGUAACAGUGACCAAGAAGUUCCGGUGUGGUCCACAAAUGUUUCCAUGGAAGUAGCAGAUGAUUGCGUAGCUGAGCUCCUGGAUUCUGGAAAUUUGGUUUUGGUUCAAAAUGGGAGUAAAAGAGUUGUAUGGCAAAGUUUUGAUUAUCCCACAAAUGUUCUGCUGCCGGGAAUGAAAAUUGGGCUGAAUCUGAAAACAGGAUUUGAGCGGAGCUUAACAUCGUGGAGAUCCGCUGAUGACCCUGGGAUUGGAGAUGUUUCAGCUAGGGUCAAUCCGAAUGGUUCACCACAAUUGUUUUUAUAUAAGGGUACAAAGCCAUCUUGUCGAACUCCCCUAUGGCCAUGGAGAGGCCAUGGGAAUCGCCAGCGCAGUUUAUACAACAUGAGUAUUGUAAAUGAUCAAGACGAAAAGUACUGUAUCUACAAUAUUCCUGAUGAUUCUCUUGUCCUAAUAAUAAUGGUGGAGUAUUCAGGAAUUGUUAAAAAGUUAACAUGGCAUGAAAGUGAAUCAAGUGAUGGCCAAUGGAAGGAGUUCCGGAGAAAUCCUCAGUAUCGAUGUGAUUUUUAUGGAUGGUGUGGUCCUAAUAGUAUAUGUCAACCUACUGAUGUAAAUAGAUUUGAAUGUGCGUGCUUACCUGGGUUUGAGCCCAAGUACCCAAGGGACUGGUUUCUGAGAGAUGGUUCUGGUGGUUGUGUCAGGAAACUACUAGAAUCCUCUUCAGUCUGCGAGCACGGAGAAGGGUUUGUGAAGGUGGAAAAUUUAAUUCUUCCGGACACUAGCGCAGCAGUUUGGGUGGACAUGAGCAUGAGUCGUGCAGACUGUGAACUAGAAUGCAAGACUAAUUGCUCAUGCUCUGCAUACGCAAGCAUUGAAAUUCCUGGGCAAGGGGACGGCUGUUUGACUUGGUAUGGGGAAUUAUUAGACCUGAAAUAUGAUCUGACUGAAAAUUAUGAUCUAUUUGUUCGCGUUGAUGCACAUGAAUUAGGUACAGUUUUUCUUCUCAGUGAUAAGUCUAAUAGGAUUAUUCUAUGUUGA